CUGACCCAGUAUAGCAGGCCCAUUUACCAGUCAUCUUGUUACAAAAAAAAACAUGUUUACUUAUUUUCACAGAGCUUCUAUUAAUGGAAAGAUGGACCUGACAGAGGUCGCGGGUUUAGGAGAUCUUAUACAUGCUGAAACUGAGGCUCAGCGAAGACAAGCAUUCCGACAGAUGGAGGGGGACCUCAGCAAACUUUAUAGCAAGUGGAGGACAGCAUUUAUAAAGUGUGCAGCAGACCUUGAAGCAUUUAUUGACUUCAGUGAGGAUCAGAAUAUAGACGACCAUGUUCUACAGCAAGGUAAGACACCUGCUGCCAUAGUAACUGAUGUGGCAGGUACCACUAGAGAUGUGAUAAAAACUCAUGUAAAUAUUGGAGGUUAUCCUGUGUUACUGAGUGACACGGCAGGACUGAGGGAAACACAAGAUGUUGUAGAGAAAGAGGGAGUAAGCAGGGCUGUAGCCAAUGAAGCAGAUGUCAAAGUUGUUGUAGAUGUUUCUAGCCAGGAUUUCAUGGAUUUUAUGAACACAAAAGAAUUUUUAUCACACAAUUUAAUUGAACUUGGAUUAAACAGCAGUCGUGAGAAAAUAAAAAAGGAACACCCUGAGACUGCAUUUGAAAAUUCAGAAUGUAAUCUUCUCAAAGCAUUUGAUGACGUUGAAAGAACUAAAAUAAAUAGAAUGGAAAUAAAUGGUCAAUUAAAUGAAAUGAGAGAAAAUGAAGAUGUUGAUAUCCCUGUAGAAAAUCUACUAAGGAUAAGUGAGGAAAGAUAUAAUGAUACUGACUGUAUUGAAAUCCAUGUAGAAAAACUACACAGGAUGAGUGAGAACACUAACGACAAAAGAUAUGAUUGUGAUAUAGAGAUAAAAAGCACAACAUACAAACAAGAUGGGUCGACUUCACUGUUACCAUGGAAACAGGAAAACCAAAGUCAGGCUCGUCACCGCUCUCACCUCACCAAGUGCCUGGCUUACCUUGAGGAAUAUAACCUCAAGACGGAACAUGGGGACAUAGUGCUUGCUUCAGAGGCCUUGAGAUGUGCACUGAAAGAAAUCGGGAAAAUAACAGGGAGAAUUUCAUCAGAAGACAUUCUCGAAGUUUUAUUCAGAGACUUCUGCAUUGGGAAAUAAAUAAGCUAUGGACGAAGUGCCAGGGAAAGUAAGAAAGUCACAGAUUGCCAGGGGAGGUAACAAGAGUCACAGAUUGCCAGGAGAGGUAACAAGAGUCACAGAUUGUGACUAAAAGUUCGAAAUAUGUCAAUAAGUUCUCUACUGUGUUAAUCAUGAAGUAAAUAAUUGGAUGCAAAGUGGAAGGAAUGUUUUGAUACUAUGUUUGUCUUCCCUUUUAGUGGAAGCGAGACUAAGCAAUCCAAAUUCCGGCAGAAGCGACAGCGAUGGUUUCAACCAUUGGGACCAGCUAAACAAAGUUACAUUUAAUUCUUUUACAUCUUGUAGGUUUAUCUAGAAACUAGUUUUACCCCCAUGGUGAGUCCUGGCCCCCUAGUGACAUUGGCCUUGAAUAAACUAACAUUUUUUAGAUUUUUGAUGUCUUUGAAAAUUCACAAAAAUGACAAUAUCUCAUUUCUUUAGUACAGUUACAUGCAUGCUUUGAAACCUUGUAGAAUAGUUCAAAACUAAUUUUACAGGCCCAUUGUGAGUUCUGGUCCCCGACUGACCUCAACCUUUAAACUACUUAAGUUGAAAAAAUUAGCAUUUUUAAAGUUUUCAAUGCCUUUUUCUCAACAAGAGUUACAUAUUAUAUUGCUUUGACACCUUGAAGGAUGGUUCAAAAACUCAUUUUACACCACAUGGUACGUGAGUCUUGGUCUCCCAGUUUUCAUGGUGAGCUUUUGUGACCGCUCAAUGUCAGUCGACCGUCGUCUGUCGUGGGUCUUUUACUACAUUUUCUAAAAAAAUCUUCUUGAAAACCACUGGACUGAAUUACAUCAAACUUCACAGGAAUGAUCCUUGGGUGGUCCCCUUUCAAAGUUAUUCGAAGAAGUGAAUUCCAUGCAGAACUCUGGUUGCCAUGGCAACCAAAAGGAAAAACUUUAAAAAUCUUCUUGUCCAAAACCGCAAGGCAUAGAGCCCUGAUAUUUGGCAUGUGACAUCAUCUAAUGGUCCUCUAUGAAGACUGUUCAAAUUAUGCCUCUGGGGUAAAAAGAGGCCCCGCCCCAGGGGUCCCAUGUUUUACAUAGACUUAUACAUGAAAAAACUUUAAAAAUCUUCUUGUCUAAAACCACAAGACCUAGGCCUUUGAUAUUUGGUAUGUAGCAUAACCUUGCGGUCCUUUACCAAAAUUGUUCAAAUUAUAACCCUGGGUUGAAAAGAGGCCCUGCCCUGGUGGGGGGGUUUCAAGUUUUACAUAGACUGAUAUAGGAAAAACCUUCAAAGAUCUUCUUGCCUGAAACUGCAAGACCUAUGCUUUUGAUAUUUGGUAUGUUGCAUUGCCUUGUGGUCCUUUACCAAAUUUGUUCAAAUUAUUCCCCUGGGGUGAAAAGAGGCCGCGCCCUGGGGGUCGCUUGUUAUAUGAGUUUUAUAGGAAUAAAUACCUCAAAAAUUAUCAGAUCAUAUUUCCUAGACAGUUUAGUUAUAAUUACCUGAUGACCCCAAGUGAUUAGGGGUCACCUGACUGUGACCUUGACCUACUGACCUACUUUC